AUGCAUAUCAAAGACAUGCUGGCCGAGACUGAGCGGUCCGGCCAGCCCUCAUUCUCUUUCGAAUUCUUCCCGCCGAAGACUGCACAGGGCGUUCAAAAUCUCUAUGACCGCAUGGACCGUAUGCACGGACUGGGGCCCAGCUUCAUCGACAUCACAUGGGGUGCUGGAGGCAGGUUGGCGCAGUUGACUUGUGAGAUGGUGAACGUUGCUCAAUCGCAGUAUGGGUUGGAGACAUGCAUGCACUUGACCUGCACCGAUAUGGGGAGAGACAAAGUCGACGAGGCCCUUAAGAGCGCUUACAGAGCGGGCUGCACAAAUAUCCUCGCCCUCCGUGGCGAUCCACCCCGAGAGAAGGAAAAAUGGGAAGCAACAGAGGGAGGCUUUGUGUAUGCAAAGGAUCUCGUCAAGCAUAUUCGCCAAACGUAUGCCGAUCACUUCGAUAUAGGAGUCGCGGGCUACCCCGAGGGAUGUGAUGAUCAAGAUGAUCAGGAGCUUCUGCUGGAUCACUUGAAGGAAAAAGUUGACGCCGGAGCUUCAUUCAUCGUUACGCAGAUGUUCUACGACGUGGAUAAUUUCAUUCAGUGGGUCUCGAAAGUUAGAGCAAAAGGCAUCACCGUCCCCAUCAUCCCUGGAAUCAUGCCAAUCAACACCUACGCAAGCUUUCUCCGGAGAUGCAAUCAUAUGGGCUGUAAAAUCCCUUCCAGCUGGAGUGAGGCUCUCGAAGAAGUGAAGAAUGACGAUGCGGCUGUUCGAAACAUUGGGACGGGAUUGGUGGCUGAAAUGUGCCGUAAAAUCCUGGCAGCAGGCAUCCGUCACUUACAUUUCUACACCAUGAAUCUAUCGCAAGCUACUCGCAUGGUGCUGGAAGAACUCGACUUGACGCCUUCAUCUGAGCGUCCAUUAAAGCAAGCUCUCCCCUGGAGACAGUCCCUUGGCUUUGGACGGCGUGAAGAGGAUGUGCGCCCAAUCUUCUGGAAGAACCGAAACAAGUCAUAUGUCACGCGAACCCAGGAUUGGGAUGAAUUCCCCAACGGUAGAUGGGGUGAUUCUAGGUCCCCUGCGUUCGGUGAGUUGGAUACGUACGGCAUCGGCUUGAAGGGCAGUAAUGAGCAAAACCAGAAGCUCUGGGGUUCACCGAAGUCCAUCAAAGAUAUAUCUGACAUCUUCGUGAAAUAUUUGGAGAAGGGAGUUGACAGUCUUCCAUGGAGUGAAGCUCCCAUCACCAGCGAAGCAGAUGUCAUCAAAGCUGACCUCAUCAAUCUCAACAAGCGUGGCUUACUUACUAUCAAUUCACAGCCUGCCGUUGAUGGCGUAAAGUCUUCAGAUCCUGUGUACGGCUGGGGCCCGACUAACGGUUAUGUCUAUCAGAAAGCUUAUCUGGAACUCUUAGUAUCUCCAAAGCUGAUGGAUGAGCUGAUUAGCCGGAUUGAGCAGGAUCCUGAUCUGACUUACUACGCCGUCAACAAGGCCGGAAACUUGAAGACCAACUCAGGAGAUGGGCCGAAUGCUGUGACCUGGGGAGUAUUCCCAGGCAAGGAAAUCGUACAGCCUACUAUCGUCGAGACUAUAAGUUUCUUAGCCUGGAAGGAUGAAGCCUUCCGUCUCGGUAUGGACUGGGCACAUUGCCAUCCUUCGUCAAGUCCAACUCGGAACUUGAUCGAGCAUAUGAUGGAGACAUGGUUCCUUGUCAAUAUUGUUCACAAUGACUUCCAUCAGACAAAUCGCUUGUUCUCAUUGUUCAAUAGUCUUGAGGUAGAAGAUCUCGAAAAGGAGUUUGAAGGUGACCUCAACGGCACCCCACAGACAAACUAA